AUGGAAAACCUAUGCAAAGCCCAAAGCCACGACUGCGUUGCGGCAGAGGGUGACUAUUUCAGCCGAGGGGUGGACCAGAAGGGGGGAAAGUUGGGCGCGAUGUCAUCGACUCGGGCUGGUCCUGAAAUUCCUCCUCUAACACAAUUCCACGCGCUUCACCCAGAGCGACGUUGCUCUAAUUCUUUUACUUAA